CGAAUCUUUAUUUCAACAUAUUCUUAUUGUUGGAAUGCAUUAAGCAUCCAACUUUUCAUCCCUUCGCUCCAAAUUGAAGUUACCGUCGGGACUACUGGAUCAGCAAUGAACACUAGUUUUGAGGUAAGUCUUGUUUGCUAGGAACGAUGUAAUAUGCUGUUUAACUAACGAAGGUAACUCGCCAUCCAUGUUAUGUGUCGUAAUAUUUUUGUCACGUUAUCCCCAUCAAAUAUUUCCCAUCCUGUUUUUUUAAUCUAAACUUAGCAUGUCAGCUUGAUAUGACGUUAGCUAACUUUACGACGUUAGGAUUGGCCAAUGUUGUCUUAGCUCAUCCUGUUGGUGGAACAGUACACAGAAUGCUUGAGGCCUUCUCUUUCAUCCUGUACGUCAACUUCAAGCACUUUGGCGUGGCCUUGUUCACCAUCUUCCUGGUUGGCACCGGGGACAAUUGGAGCGGGAUCAUGAUGGUAUGCGCACACACACACGCACAUCCGAAGGAAACUGGCCAGUUAUUGUAAGGUGAUCCACACCCUGCAGCAAAUAAUAAGGGAUGAGACUUGUUUGUCUCUUUUAACUUCGUGGUUGCCCCGAUUGGUAAAGUCACCAUGGCAACCAAACGGUCCAGAUUUCCUCGUCUGUGUGAAGUUCUUCUUCCCUCUCUCUGCUCCUUUGAAGGACACCUUGAAGCAGUGCCGUCCUGGAGAGUGUGCACUCUACGUCACGUGGGUCUCUCCGGUAUAUACGUACUUUAUCACCUUUGUGGUCGUCGCAGAGUUCAUGCUUGCCAACCGUCAUUGUGCAAGCUUCGGAGGACAGCAACAAGAAUACGGCGAGGACGACCUGUGCCUCGGAUUAAACGAGUACGUCAACUUCAAGCACUUCGGCGUGGCCUUGUUCACCAUCUUCCUGGUUUGCACCGGGGACAAAUGGAGCGUGAUCAUGAUGGAAUUUACCCACGAGGCGAUGACGUUGCACAGGGCGACGGAGCGACCGAAACAAAGAUGGCGGACGUGUCGGGCACCGAGCUGUCAGACGGCAAAGAGGCUGAAAUUGAACUAAAGAAAAGACAGAAACGACCGUGGGAAGAUUUGCACAAGUCCGCUAAAAUCGUUCUGACGCCGGAACUGCCGGAAACGUUGGGAUUUUACGACAUUGGCGCUGUCAGGAGGCAGCAACGGGAGCUCCCCGCAGAUCCGUCGCUGACUCGCUUCAUUAGCGCCGAGCUCACCAGAGGCUACUUCCUGGAACACAAUGAGGCAAAGUACACAGAGCGCAGAGAGCGGGUUUACACGUGCAUGCGUAUUCCCAAGGAGCUGGAGAAGCUCAUGACCUUUGGCUUCUUCCUGUGUGCGGACGCCUUCCUGUACGUCUUCACCCUGCUGCCCCUCAGGGUGCUGCUGGCCGUACUCCGCCUCCUCACGCUGCCAUGCUGCGGCUUCAGCGGGUCUCGGCUGCUGCAGCCGGCGCAGGUGUGUGACGUGCUGAAGGGUCUGAUCAUGGUGCUGUGCUUCUCCAUGAUGCAUUAUGUCGACUACUCCAUGAUGUACCACCUGAUCAGAGGACAGUCCGUCAUCAAACUCUACAUCAUCUACAACAUGUUGGAGGUGGCUGACCGCCUCUUCUCCUCCUUCGGUCAGGACAUCCUGGACGCUCUGUACUGGACAGCCACAGAACCCAAAGAGCGAAAACGGGACAGCAUAGGAGUCAUUCCUCACUUCCUGAUGGCCGUCUUCUACGUCUUCCUCCAUGCUAUCCUCAUCAUGGUCCAAGCCUCCACCCUCAACGUGGCCUUCAACUCGCACAAUAAGUCCCUGCUCACCAUCAUGAUGUCCAACAACUUUGUGGAGAUUAAAGGAAGUGUGUUCAAGAAAUUUGAGAAGAACAACUUAUUUCAAAUGUCCAACAGUGACAUCAAGGAACGUUUCACCAGCUACGUUCUCCUGCUCAUCGUGUGCCUCAGGAACAUGGAGCAGUUCUCAUGGAACCCAGACCACCUGUGGGUGCUGUUCCCCGACGUCUUCAUGGUCGUCACCUCCGAAGUCGCCGUGGACAUCAUCAAGCACGCCUUCAUCACCAAAUUCAACGACAUCACUGCAGAAGUGUACAGCGAAUACAGAGCCAGUUUGGCUUUUGAUCUCGUCAGCAGUCGGCAGAAGAAUGCCUGCACGGACUACAGCGACUCGGUGGCCCGGAGGAUGGGCUUCAUCCCUCUGCCUCUGGCUGUCCUGCUCAUCCGCGUGGUAAUGACUUCGGUGAAGGUGCAGGGAGCCCUCUCAUACUCGUGCGUGUUCCUCUGUUAUCUUGGGCUGGUUACCCUUAAAGUGUUGAACAGCAUCGUGCUGCUGGGGAAGUCGUGUGUCUACGUGAAGAGGGCCAACAUGGAGGACAAACUGUUUGAGACGCCCUCCGCCGCUCCGCCUUCCACUGGGAAAGGACCCAGCAGAGCUGACCAGGCGCGAUGCCCCACACCUUCAGGUGAAACCCUGAUGGAGCAGAAGCCCAUCCGACCCUUCAGUCCUCCACCGUCCUCCUCCACCUCCUCCGUCACCACCCAGCCGACCCUCAGGACGGACCUGUUUCCUCCCCCGCCCGCGGAGCCCUGUCCUGCUACUCCAGCCAGCCGUCCCCCGACUCCCCCACCCGAACGACCUGCACCGUCGCUCGCCGAAGCAGCAGCAGCAGCCGAAGGAGAGGAAGAGGAGGAGGAGCCACAAGAAGCCUCCGACCUAAAGCACAGGACUCCCAAUGAAGACCUGCUGGAGAUCGACCGCUUCACCAUCUGUGGGAACCGCAUCGACUGACGCAGCCCUGAAAAGGCGCUCUGGAGAGCCGGAGAGCCACAAGCUCCUCCACCCAACGGCAGCAGAGAGACGAGUAUUUAUUGAAGUCAGAGGCGACACAGUAAGUUACUGUGAGCACAGACGAUGGACGACUGAAGGUUUGACAAAAGAGAACUCUGCAGAGACGGUGGAGCUCUGUCCUCAGGAGGAAAUGUCCCUCCGUGUGAGUGUGAGUGUGUGUGUGUGUGUGUGCGUGCAUAUGUGAGGGCACACAAGCACUUCCUGUCUGAGCGCCACUGUCACCAGAAAGAGAAACUUCUCAGUUCGCUCAGUAGCCGGAAAACAAAUCCUCUUUACACUAAAAAACCUGACUCAUUUUUAUUUCCUUUUUUACAUGAUUUAAAAAAUAAAUGUUAAUGUUCAUUUUAUGAAAUAUCUGCUCUUCACGUCCUUUUUAAUCCUGCAGUGGUUUCUUCAACACGUCAGCUCAGCGAAUGUCAAUCCGUCAACACGGGCUCGGGGACAUGGGGGGUCAUGUGUAGUCAGACGAGACUUUUACUUUUCAGCUUCUCAAAUUAAAACGGAAAAGAAAAAAGACGAGACAUUAGCACACGGCAGCGACGGCGCAGCUGACAAACAGAAGGGCGAUUGUGUGGGAGGCGACUGCUCCAGUCUCUCCUCAGCUAAACUAAAGUCUGCUAGCAGAGUCAGACUUUUCAUCAUGUGUCCAGUUACGGACGUGACUUUUAGUUCACGCAGUCGUUGUGUUGUUGAAAUGAUUUUCCCAUUUUGAAUUUCUUUAAGUAAACACAAGUUUUGCACUGAUGGACCGCGUUGUCUUACUAAACACGACGGGUCACGUUUCUGAUUCAACCUCCAGUUAAUGUUCUAAUGUUUACAUCUUAGAAAAUGGAAGCAAUAUUUCCCCAAAUUACAACAAUGCCUCUUUUUUGUUUUGUUUUUUAAAUUAUGUUGACUGAACUUGUAAAAUCGUUUGCCAUGAUUGAAAUAUUUUUUUAUUGCAAUAAAAUCAAUAAAUGUAUCAAUACAA